AUGGACGGGGAAAUUGCUCAGCAUGGCGGAGAUUCUGAUCGGGAGAUGACGCGACUGUGGCGCACUUGGAGGACUGUCUACGAGAUGCUCGCGGACCGGGGCUAUGAGGUGUCUGACGAAGAGCUCCAAAUCUCACUAAACGACUUCCGUAACAAAUAUGCCGAUCCUAUGGGCUACCCUGACCGCACCAAGAUGAAAAUUCAAGCCCGCCCCACCGAGGUCAUGAAGAUGAAGUACACUCCGCUGCCGAGCAAAUCGAACCCGACCCCCCAGCCCGACUGCGGCACGAUCUACGUCGACUUCUGCCCGGACUCGUCGGGCGUCGGCACCAAGCAGGUGCGCGCUUUCAACCACAUCGUUGACGAGAGCAACUUCCACACCGGUAUCUUUGUCACGCAGACCCCGAUCUCGCCCUCCGCCGUACGCCUGCUGAGCGGUGUGCCCGGUCGCAUCUGCGAGCACUUCCAGGAGCAGGAUCUGCUGGUCAACAUCACCCGCCACGAGCUCGUCCCCAAGCACGUUCUCCUCAGCCCCGAAGAGAAGGCCAAACUGUUGGAGCGGUACCGUCUGAAGGAGUCCCAGCUGCCCCGCAUGCAGGUUUCCGACCCCGUCGCACGGUACCUGGGUCUGCGCCGUGGCCAGGUCGUCAAGAUUAUCCGCAAGUCCGAGACGGCCGGUCGGUACGCCAGUUACCGCUGGGUCAUUUAGAGGACCCGCGAGGCGUUGUUUUAUUUCUCUCUUCCGUUCCGAAGGAAUCGCCUCUCUGGUUUGAGAGGUAUCGAGAACCCAUACCCAAUUGCGCAUCAAGUCCAUUCCGACGGUUCUCUGCUGCUGCCAUGCCCCAUCUCCGUUCCGUUUGGGAGAAUCACGAGGAAUACGGCUGCAAUAGAUAUCAGGACACCGGGGAUUGGACACGGAGUUUUCUUGCACCACACAAACGAACAAAAAAAAGUCGGUCCCCUUGUAUUAUGGGCAGCAUGGCGUACAGGCGAAGUUUCUCCAACAUCCACGGGGGCGGGGGUUUCUGAUCUGUGAAUUUACAUAGUAAUCUCCGUUGUGUUUGCUGUUCAGGCUAGAUGAUAUACACUGGAUGUCUAUAUUACUGGAUCCGAG